AUGGGUUCCAUCACCUCCCCGUCGUCAUCCGCUUCUGCUUCAUCUGAAAAAUUUCCCCGAUCAUCUGUCGGAUCGGUUGUAGUAUCCUCUAAAAGAUUGGAACCCGCUUAUGGAAUAUACGCGGUGUUUUCUUACAAAGAGCACAUAGAUGCCCGUAACACUUCAUGUGUCAUGGGAUGUUAUGACCCCUCGACAAACAAAUGGAGUCACGAGUCUUUCGUUCCUGGGAUGGCCGAGAACUGUGUGUUGAAAAAUUUUGCGAUGGUUUCGGUUGGAACAUCGAUUUAUAUAGUUGGCGGUAGCAUAUACAAUGUUGAAGUGCGGUCACAAGUGCUACGUUACAAUGUUGUCACUAAAGAAUGGUCUACUUGCGCGCCACUUAUUACACCUAGGCACAGUUUUGCUUGCUCGGUUUGUGAUAACAAGAUCUACGUGGCGGGAGGUCAGUCUACCUUGGAUUGUGCGAUGGGCGUGUCAUCCGCCGAGGUUUAUGACGUGUUACUCGAUAAGUGGACACCUUUGCCAUGUAUGAGCACCGCUAGGUACAAAUGUGUGGGUGUGACAUGGCAAGGGAAAUUUCAUGUCAUUGGAGGAUUCACGGGGAACAAAAUGCCCUUUAUGGAUCGUUGUUCAGCUGAAGUGUAUGACGUGGCAAACCAGAACUGGGGGCACGUCAUAGGUAUGUGGAAGUUAGACAUACCCCCUAAUCAGAUUGUCGUCAUAGACGACAAACUGAUUAGUUCAGGAGAUUGUCUUAACGUCUGGAAAGGUGAGAUCGAGACAUACGAUCCAUAUCUUAGCCUAUGGUAUCCUCUUAGAGGAUCCAUGAAGAAGAAUCUGUUAUCAUUUUCAUGCCCCUCAAACGCGAUGAACGACGGGCAAACAUCAGAGCCACUUGAACGUGUAUGCUUAACCAUGGCGCCCAUCGGAAGUUAUUUGUAUUUUAUGGCUGGUUAUAGAACAACCGGAGAUCCUUCGUCGUGUUGCACUAUGUCAUUGGUUCAUAGAUUUGACACGUCAGCAAUGAACAACCAAUGGGAGACUUUUGAGCCGGUAGAAAUAGAAGGGGAGAGAGAGCUUUGCAGUCAUUGUUGUGUCGUUCAACUUCCAUAA